GCCGCGCGCGCCCGCGCCCAGCUCCCGGGUGACUAUAAAGGGAAGGCGGUCUGCGUGCCGGCCAGCUCAGUCUGCAGCUUUUCAUCCACUUCCAUCGCUCCCUCCGGUCGCUGGUCAGACCUCAGCCGCCAAAAUGGUGAAGCAGAUCGAGAGCAAGUAUGCUUUUCAGGAAGCCUUGAACAGUGCAGGAGAUAAGCUGGUCGUGGUUGACUUCUCCGCCGCGUGGUGUGGGCCUUGCAAAAUGAUCAAGCCCUUCUUUCAUUCCCUCUCUGAAAAGUAUUCCAAUGUGGUGUUCCUUGAAAUAGAUGUGGAUGACUGUCAGGAUGUUGCUGCAGAGUGUGAAGUGAAAUGCAUGCCAACCUUCCAGUUUUUUAAAAAAGGACAAAAGGUGGGUGAGUUUUCUGGAGCUAAUAAGGAAAAACUCGAAGCCACCAUCAAUGAAUACAUUUAAUCAUCUUAACCAGCCAUUGGCUCUUGUAAUUUUUUUUUAUUUACAAAAAAAAGAAGAUAGAUCAAGUAUAGAGACUAUAUACUCAACUACCAUCUGAUUAUAAAUGACAAUAAAAUAUUAAUUCUACCCUUUUUAAAA